AUGGACGUCGAAGCAACUGCCACUGCUCCGGCAGAUCGGGCAGGCAAGUUGAAGUCUCCCAGCAAUGCUUCGUUGACCGAGCGCUCCAUAGCGCAUGGCGAGAAUGAUAUCUUGGGAGGAGAGAAGGUGGACCGGGUGCUGGCGGCCAAGAUGAACAUGGUCAACGACGCUAUCGAUGAGAUCGGUUUCACUCCCCAUCACUGGAAGCUCUUCUGUCUGAACGGCUUUGGAUACGCUGUCGACUCUCUCAUCCUCCUGAUUCAGUCGAUUAUCUCCACUCAGGCUGGGUAUGAAUUCAACCCGAGCUAUUCGACGGGCUUGACGAUUGCUGUUUAUGUUGGUAUGCUGGUAGGCGCCAUCUUCUGGGGAUUCUCCGCGGAUAUCAUCGGUCGUCGCUUUGCGUUCAAUGUUUCUUUGUUCGUCUCGGCGGUUUUCACGGUCGUGGCGGGCGCUUCGCCGUCAUGGACUGUUCUGGGUCUCUUCAUCUGCCUCAGUGCUUUUGGCGCUGGUGGAAACUUGGUACUGGACACCACCGUGUUUCUCGAGUAUCUUCCUAGUAAGAGUCAAUGGCUUUUGACCUUGAUGGCGGCGUGGUGGGGUCUCGGUCAGCUCAUCGCCGGUCUGUUUGCCUGGGCUUUUCUCCCAAACUUCUCGUGCUCCGAUGCAGCCACCUGCACUUAUGAGAACAAUAUGGGUUGGCGAUACGUUUGGUAUACAUCGGGUGCCUUCGUAUUCGUGUUGUCCAUUUUGCGCAUCACCAUCAUUCGACUAGAGGAAACUCCCAAGUUCCUUAUCGCUGAAGGAAAAGACGAAGAGGCGGUGCGCGUGCUCCGUAAGAUCGCUGAUAAAUACCAGCGCCCUUGCAGUCUGACUGUUGAGCGCCUCCUAGCGUGCGGAGUGACAAGCCAUCGCAAAACGACAGCGGUCGGUUUGACUCAACGACUCAUCGAUCCCCGGGAGGUCAUGUUCCACUUUAAGGGACUAUAUGCGACACGAAAAAUGGCCUUGUCAACUUCCUUGGUCUGGUUUUCGUGGCUUUUGAUCGGUCUCGCUUAUCCUCUUUACAACGUCUUCCUACCCACAUACCUAGCAUCCCGCGGCGCUCAGUUCGGAGAUUCAAGCCAGUACACCACCUGGCGCAACUAUGCAAUCAAUAACACUUGUAGCAUCUUUGGGCCUGUUGUGGCUGGCUUCAUGUGUCGCUCACCUUGGUUCUGGGGUCGUCGCGGUACCAUGAUCAUCGGGGCCUUGGUCACCAUGAUUUUCUUCUUCUGUUACACUCAGGUGCGAACAGAAAGUCAGAAUCUUGGUUUCACUUGCACGAUCUCGUUCUGCCUUAAUAUCUACUAUGGUACUCUAUACGCCUACACCCCCGAGGUCUUUCCCUCGGCUCAUCGAGGUACGGGCAAUGGAGUUGCCAUCGGACUCAAUCGAAUCAUGGGUAUUGUCAGUGCCGUCGUGGCCCAUUCGGCCAAUGUAAGUUCCACGCUUCGUUUAUCUUGUAUCAUACUAAUUGUCUCCCAGACCAAAACCGCAGUCCCAAUCUAUAUCUGCGCAGCACUCUAUAUCGUCAUGGCUAUUGUUGCCGCGGUCUUGCCAUUCGAGCCCUUCGGUCGACGAAGCAGCUAA